CUAAAGUACUCAAUACUUAUUAUCUAGCGUAGCUUCUACUGCAGAGUAAAGUCACAGCUACUUUUGUUGAUGCCCCACCUACUGUGAGAGUGGCCCAAUGUCAGUGAACAAAUUGCUAGUGCAACCAAUGGACUCGAGAACCAGCAUCUUGUUUACGGUGUUGCAUCAACAUCACCAUCAUGACACUCCUAAGUGGCCAUGCUGUCUGUACGGUGUUCUUGGGGGUCCAUUGUGGUUGUCCAAUCGACCUGCACAUGGACAAUUCAAUAAGUUGAACUGCACCUGUUGGACACUCACGUCGAUGGAUAACAUGCAGAUAACGGGCGCCGCGAGACGUUGGUUCGUCCCGCUUGGCGGGCAAUUCUUGUAUCCGUUAUUUCAGCAGGGGUCUGGCUGUCAAGAACUCAAGGCUGGUCCGGGUUUUCCUACCCAGGUAUGGGCUCAUGACGAAUAGGGCUUAGCGCCCUCGCCGCUCCUAGUCAGGCUCAUCUGACAAUUCAAUUCCAUCGGUUGCCAGAUGGAAGGCAUUUUGUACAUAAUUAUGCAAGGAAAAACGUAC